AUCGCAUAUGGCCUGUGUGUUUUAUAGGGAAUUCGCUGGACCUCGGCUCAAGCGGGGUUGGGGUUCGCGUGAGAGUCGGUGAGUGCACUCGCGCCCAUGGUUGUACGGCGUAUCAUUGGUCGCAUCCGUGCGAUCUCUGACUGGUUCGAGGAACUAGACAUUGCUGAGAUAUAUCUUCUCUACAUGGCGGCCGGAAUGUAUGCGGGUACCAUGUACGGGACGUAUGUCCGACGAGGGAAGUUGGCGGCUCCAGAGUCCGACUUCCUGUUGACGUCGAUCUACCACGUGCCGGAGGAGAAGAAGAAGGCUUUCGAGGCCACUUGGAGUGACCAAGCACGGCUGGCCCAGCGCCAGCCUGGCUAUGAGUGGACCAAGACCUACAAGGCCAUUGACUGGUCGGAGUCCCCUUUUAGCUACGUCACGUUCCGCAUGUGGAACGAGUCUGGGAGCUACCUCAGGAUGGUGCAGUUCGACCCCACUUGGAAGGAGCUCACCAAACGGCUGAAGGAGACGAUCAUCAGCCAACAGGACACUGUGUAUCGGAUACUGGUGGAUGAUUCCGUGAAACGAAUCAUCGAGUAAGCCGAUGCACGUGCUUCCGGGCUCAAACGAGCCACAAAGCGAUGUGCGCAGUAGCAAGGACCCCUCCUGAAGGGUUGGUUUCAUGUUUGCUAAGAACCCAUAAGGGGGUCCUGGUGUGUAGACAGGUGUAGAAUGCCCAUUUUCGCGACAAAGCCACAGGAAGCGCUCGCCAA